ACGACCGCCACGCGUUAACGUUGUUGCUGGCAUUUUACAAAAAAAGUGAACUCCCGCGUUUCGAAGUGAAUUUAAAAUUGGAAGCAGUAACGCCGACCAUCACGAGCUAUUUACAGUAUUACAGUGAUAACAGUGCCAAAGAUUAGACAUAAGCGACAGAGGCGCCACCCCGAUGCGGUGACGACAUGCAGCGCCAACUCAGCAACGUCAGCUACCAUUCGUACCAGGACUACCAGCCGGCUAGGAGAUAUGGGCCGCAGUAUGAGCCGGGCGGGUACGCGACGGCAGUGCAGCAGCGUACCAACAUGACGCAGCGCGAGGACGCGCUCAAGUUCGAGCAGGGCCGCAUCAAGGCCCUCCAAGAGGAGCGCCUGCACAUCCAGAAGAAAACAUUCACGAAAUGGAUCAACUCAUUCCUACAGAAGGCCCGCAUGGAGGUGGACGACCUGUUCGCCGACCUAGCAGACGGCCGGCGGCUCCUCAAGCUGCUGGAGAUCAUCAGCGGCGAGCGCCUGCCGCGGCCCAACUCGGGUCGCAUGCGCGUGCACAAGAUUGAAAACGUCAAUAAGAGCUUGAGCUUCUUGCACACCAAGGUGCGUCUGGAGUCCAUCGGCGCUGAAGACAUAGUGGACGGCAACCCGCGCCUCAUCCUCGGGCUCAUCUGGACCAUCAUCCUGCGCUUUCAGAUCCAGGAGAUCGAGAUCGAUGUGGACGAAGAAAAUGAGUCCUCAGAGAAGAAGUCCGCCAAGGACGCGCUACUCCUGUGGUGUCAACGGAAGACCAGUGGAUACCACGGCGUGCACAUCCACAACUUCACCGACUCCUGGCGUUCAGGACUCGGGUUCAACGCGCUUAUACACGCGCACAGGCCCGAUCUUUUCCGCUGGUCGGAAGUGCCGGUGGCGGAACCGGUGGAGACCCUGAAUCACGCCUUCGAUGUCGCGCACAAACAUCUGGGCAUCCCGCGCCUGCUCGAUGCUGAGGACGUGGACACGACCCGCCCUGACGAGAAGUCUGUGAUGACGUACGUAGCGAGCUACUACCACACCUUCGCGCGAAUGAAGAACGAACAGAAGAGCGGCAGGAGGAUCGCUAACAUCAUAGGCCAGCUGAUGGACUGCGACGGCCUGAAGACGGAGUACGGGCGCCUCAUCUCAGCACUGCUUGAGUGGAUCCGGCUUAAGAUUCAGGAGCUCAACGACCGGGAACUCCCCAACUCGUUAGAUGGCAUACAGCGGCUGUUGCUGGCUUUCAAACAGUACAGAACCGUCGAAAAGCCACCGAAGUACAAAGAGCGCUCGGAGAUCGAAGCCCUGUUCUUCCACAUCAACACGAUGCAGAAGAGCCUGGUGGGUGAAACCUGGGCGCCGCUCGAGGGCCAGCUGCCUCAAGACUUGGAGAGAGCCUGGCAGCAACUCGAACAGGCGGAGCACGCGCGUGAAAUAGCGCUGAGGACAGAACUGCUGCGGCAGCAGAGAUUGGAACAACUGAACUACAAAUUCAACACCAAGAGUGUACUCCGCAAAGGCUACCUGAAGGAAAUGAUCCAGGUGCUCUCAGACCCGCGCUACGGAUCCAACCUGGCGCAGGUCGACGCCACCGUCAAGAAACACGAGGCUAUCUCCGCGGAUAUACUCGCCAGAACGGAACGUUUCGAAGACCUAUCCGCUAUGGCAGCAGAACUAGUUCGCGAGAACUACCACGGCGCCGAAGCUGUCUCACGGACUGAACAAGCUGUCUUACAGCGCUGGAGGGAACUGCUGGAACUUCUGGAGAAACACAGAAGCCAGCUGGCCAAGUUGGCUCACCUCAUGGCGUUGUUGAGGGAAGCAGACACCAUUGGACAGACUUUGCAAGAGAUGAAGGCCCAGUUCCAAUCCGAAGAAGUAGGCCGGCACCUGGUAGACGUGGAGCGUCUGUUACAAGCGCACGCGUUACAAGAGCUCCAACUAGGCGCCGUCGACGAGGGCAUCCGCCGCCUGGUCCGGCAGGGCGCCGCCGCCGACGGCCCGCAGCCGCCGCGGGCCCAGCUCGCGCGCCAGCUGCGGGCGCUCGAGGACGCGCUGGACAGUCUGGUGGCCGCAGCCAAGGACCGCAAGGCCAGGCUUGAGGACGCGAGAAACUUGUACCAGUUCUUGGAAGACCAUGAUGAGGAAGAAGGCUGGGUGACAGAGAAACAGCGCAUCUGCCGCGCGGACGUCGCAGCGAAGGAUCUGCGCGCAGUGCUCGCGCUGCGACACAAACACGCGGCGUUACGUCACGAGAUCAGAGCGCGAGACCACGUGGCGCAGAGACACCGCGCCAAGGGACAGAGUCUGAUCGACGCCAAGCACCCAAAGAGCGCCGAGAUUGAGCGCCGGCUGUCCUCGCUUCAGCAACAGUGGGCAACGCUCAAGGAACUGGACGACGCGCGCGACAAGCAGCUGGCAGACGCCGCCGAGGCGCACCAGUUCUACGGCGACGCGAACGAAGCCGAAUCCUGGAUGAAGGAGAAGCGAGCGCUGGUUGCGACCGAAGACUGCGGCCGCGACGCUCACGAAGCCGCUGCUUUGUUAGCUCGUCAGAGGGCGCUGCAUGACGAGCUCAGAGCUCACGCGGCUGAGCUAGCAGCCUUGGAAGCUAAUGCUGAAAGAUUGACCGCUAGAGGAAUACAUACGCUACAGCUCCCCACAGAAGUCGAGUCCGCAGCGGCUUUAGAAGAAGAAGAAUGGGUCAAGGAAUCCCGACUGGUGCCGACAGAAGUCUGGGAGGAGGAGCCCGUGGAGAGACUGGAACAUCGCACUGUUACUGAGGAGCGCAGCGUGCCGCAGGUCAAGGCCCUCUACGCUUUCACCGGACAAGGCAUAUCAAUGCAGAAGGGCGAGGUGAUGUUCCUCAUCAACAAGACCAAUCCGGACUGGUGGUCGGUGCGGAAAGCUGACCGGACCGAUGGCUUUGUCCCCGCUAAUUAUGUGCGAGAGAUCGAGCCGAGGGUUGUACCGGUGCAAGUUCGCCGCCCAGAGAAAGUCCGUACUGUCCAGCGCGUGAAGAAGACGGUCCUAGUGAAGCAGGUGGUGCCAGUGCGUCGUCCGCGGCCGCACGCCCGCCGCGCGUCCCGCGCCGCGCCCGCGCGUCUGCCCACCGUUGAAGACAGGCGAGCGGCCAUUAAAAAGGACUACGAGGAGCUCCUCCAACUCUCGGAGGCUCGCCGGGCGCAACUAGAAGACGCCAUCCAACUGUACGGCUUCUUCGCGGAGUGCGACGACUUCGACAAGUGGAUGAAGGAACGCGAGAGGAUGCUGCGAACUGAUGACGCAGGCGACAGUGUGGACACGGCCAAGAGGAAGUACGAGAAAUUCGUGACGGACCUCUCGGCGGCGUCCAAGCGUCUCGAACACAUCGACGCAGCAGCAGAACAGCUGGUGGCUGCCAAGCACAGCCAGGCCGGCAAGGCGACCGCCAGGAGGCAGCAGCUGAAGCAGCAGUGGGACCGGCUGCUGCGGCUCAAGCAGCAGAAGGAGAAGAGCUUGGAAGGCGCUUCCAGCGUGGAACUCUUCGGCCGCACCUGCGACGAGGCGCUCGACUGGAUGGCCGAGAAGGAACAACAGCUGGCGGCCAGCAACGCGCCGCCUUCCGACCUGCGCACAGUGCAGGCCUUGCAGCGGCGACACGCACAGCUGGAGAGAGAGUUGGAGCCGCUGCGAGAGAAGGUGUCUACUGUCAACCUGCUGGCCACUGACGUCAAGAGCCAAUACCCCAACGAGCGAGCCAACGUGGAAGCGCGCCAGCAAGAGAUCAAGGCGGUAUGGGAGCGGUGCCAGGCGCAGGCCGCCGAGCGACGCUCCCGGCUGGAGAGCGCCGUGGGACACCAGAUAUUUGGCAGGAGCAGCCAGAUGCUGCAGGAUUGGCUGCAGAACGUGCACGAGCAGCUGUCUUCCGAGGCAUCAGCUAAGGACGUGGCGACGGCGGAAGCGCUGCACAAAAGACACCAGGAACUUGGCGAUGACAUCAAGGCACAUGAGGAUGAGUUCAAAGAGGUGAUCGGGCUGGGCAAGCAGCUGGUCGGCAACAACCCGUCGCUGAACGACGUCGCCGACAAGAUCAACCAUCUGCACGACGAGCAGAAGGCUGUUGAGAAACACUGGGCGGAGAAAGACGCGCGUCUAAAGCAGCUGGUACAACUAGCGAGCUUCAACCGCGAGGCCGACCACAUCGACGCGGCCAGCGGCGCGCACCUAGCCUGCCUCGACUACCGACACACCGGGUCGUCUGUGGACGAAGCAGAGGCGCUUCUCAAGAGACACGAAGAAUUAGAGGCUCGUUUAGCAGCACAGGACGACCGCCUGGCUGCGCUCAAGCAAAGAGCCGCUAAUCUACAGCGUGCACAACAUUAUGCUGCUGACCACAUCGUAGCGCGCCGCGACGCAGUCGUACAAAAGCGCGAUGCGGUGCGACACGCUGCGGCGGAUAGAAGGCGGGCGCUACUCGCCAGCUUGGCUCAUCAGCAGUUCCUCGCCGCUGCAGAAGAACUCCAGAGUUGGAUCCAGGACAAAACUAAAACGGCGAAAGAUCAGAGCUACAGGGAUCUCGCCAACUUGGAGCGCAAGCUGCAAAAGCACGAGGCAUUCGAACGGGAACUGCAGGCCAACGAGAAGCAACUCAGAAAUGUGGAGAGCAUCGGCCAGUCCCUCCAGACCUCAGACCCGGCUCGUGCAGCGGAAGUAUCAGAACAACUGCAGGCGCUUCAGACAGCUUGGGAGCAGCUGGUGGCUGCAUCCCGCGAUAAGGGCAGCAAGCUGCGGCAAGCUGCAUUACAGAGACAGCACAGGCGACAAGGUACCAUAGAGGUAUCAGAACAACUGGUCACGCUGCAGACAGCUUGGGAGCAGCUGGUGGCUGCAUCCCGCGAUAAGGGCAGCAAGCUGCGGCAAGCUGCAUUACAGAGACAGCACAGGCGACAAGGUACCAUAGAGGUAUCAGAACAACUGGUCACGCUGCAGACAGCUUGGGAGCAGCUGGUGGCUGCAUCCCGCGAUAAGGGCAGCAAGCUGCGGCAAGCUGCAUUACAGAGACAGCACAGGCGACAAGGUACCAUAGAGGUAUCAGAACAACUGGUCACGCUGCAGACAGCUUGGGAGCAGCUGGUCGCAGCGUCGCGAGAUAAGGGCAGCAAGCUGCGGCAAGCUGCAUUACAGAGACAGCACAGGCGGAGCGUGGAAGACGCCAAGGCUCGGCUCGUGGACUUGGAGCGAGCGCUCAAGAGCGAGGAAGUCGGCACCGACCUGAGGAGCUGUAAGAGGCUCAUGACUCAGCACCAGGCUGUAGAACAAGAGCUGACCCAAUGGGAACAAAAGGCCUCGUCGCUCUCCGCGCAAGGCGAGGACCUCGUAUCGGACGGCCACUUCGACGCCGCUGCCAUACAGCGGGAAUCCGCUGCGUUGACGCGCGCCCUUCAAGCAUUACAUGCCCCAGCUGCUGAUAGAAGACGUGCGCUCAGCACUAGUCUACAGCUCCACAAAUUCGCUGCGGAAGUAGCCGGCGAGCUGGACUGGCUGAACGAGCGUAAAGCAGCGGCAUCGUCCGAAGCCCUUCCCGGUGACCUCCACGCUGCCCAGACGGCGCUCAAGAAGCACAGCAAGCUGGUCGGCGAGCUGGCUGGUAGAAAACCGCUGGUGGAGCGCGUCAUCGGCCAGGGACGCGCUCUGAUGGAGGACAGGCAUCCGCAGGUCGACAAGAUAUCAUCUCUCUGCGAGUCGCUAUCCACCGCCUACGAAGAAGUAUCAGCGGCGGCCGAAGCCCGCGGCGCGCGUCUGGAAGCCGCGGCGCGCGCGCAACAGUUCGUGCACGACGCGGCCGAGCUGGAAGCCUGGAUGGCUGAUAAGGCUGCUGCGUUAGCUGAUGCUGACGUUGGCAGAGACAGGCAUAGGGCGACGCAACUCCUGACCAGGCACAAGGCCGUAGAAUUAGAACUAGACACAUACGCAGCCAUCGUCGCCGAGAUGGGCCGAGCAGCCGCGUCGAUGGCGGACGGUGAGGGCGAAGCGCUAGUCCAGAGGCACGAGCAGCUAGCUGCUAGCUUGCAGCGCUUGCAGCGGCUUGCGGCGCACCGCCAGCGAGCGCUGGUUGAGAGCGUAUGCAGACAUGAGUACCUAGCGGAAAGCGCCGAGCUAGAGAGUUGGAUACAGGAGCAGUACACGGCUGCCUCUAGCGAAGACUACGGGCAGGACUACGAGCACUUGCUGAUCCUAAGGUCCAAGUUCGAAGAAUUACGCCUGCGCGUAGAGAGCGGUGCUGAACGGUUCAGCCAGUGCGAGGAGCUGGCCAAGAAGCUGUUAGCCACCGACAGCCCAUACAUCGCCGACAUCGAACGCAGACAGGAGGCGCUGGGCGAGUCCUGGCAACGCCUAGUCGACCAGAUCCAAUCCCGAGGCGCGAAACUCCACGCCGCUGGCGAAAUACACCGCUUCCACCGCGACGUGGCUGACUUACUGGCCAGGGUCCACGACAAGAGGGCCCAGCUGUCCCAGGACUUGCCAGCGGGGGCUGCGGCGCUGAGAACUAGGGACAGCACUGAGAAUGACCUGCUGGCUAUUGAUGCUCAGAUGCAGGUGCUCCAAGAAGAAGGAUCCCGACUACAAAAGUUAUACCCAGGCAGCAACGUACAGCAGAUCGCGUUGCAGCAGCAAGCGUUGGAAGACGCUUGGGCGGCGUUAAGAGCGGCUGCUGAUGAGAGGAGACGACAGCUGGAGAUGCAGGCUGAUCUGCACCAGUUUAGGGCACAGGUCCGCGACCUGACCUCCUGGUGUAGCAGCGUGGUGUCAUCGCUCGCGGCGAGCGGCGCCGGCGCCGGCGGCGUGCGUGACGCGGCUUCGGCUCAAGCGGCGCGCGCAGAGCACGACGCGCUGAGAGCAGAGCUGGAUGCACGCGAUGACUCCUUCCGUGCUGCGCUUGAUCAUGGACAGAGGCUGCUGGAAGAAGGACACCCGGCUUCACAGGAGGUGGAAGCAAAAUGCACUCAACUGGUGGAAGCGCGAGCGGCGGCCGCGGGCGCGUGGGCGGCGCGGCAGGUGGCGCUCGACCAGCUCAUCGACCUGCACUGCUUCCUGCGGGAUGCGGCGCAAUUACACGAGUUGUGCGCUGCCCAGGAACAUGCUCUAGCUGUGGAGAUAUCUCCCGAUUGCAGCGUGGAAGAAGUGGACAACCAACUCAAGAAACACGAGGCGUUUGAGAAACUGAUCGCCACUCAGGACGAGAAACUGGCCACCCUGAAUAGUCACGGAGACAAACUGCUACAACAGAACCACGUGGAAAGCCAGCGCAUCGCUGACGAGCUGCAGAACAUUAACGAGAGGCGGACCAAGUUGCACGAGGCGUGCGCGGCUCGUCGCGGUCGUCUAGCACGUCAGCGCGCGCGCGCACAGUUCGCGCGCGACGCCGCCGACACGCGCGCCUGGCUCGCCGACAAGCGCGCCAAGCUCACCGCCGACCAGCUGCAAGGCGAAGUCACAAGUCUCGAAGACAAGAUCAAGAAACUCCAGAAGCAUCAGGCCUUCACCGCGGAAUUAGCCGCGAACAAAGCGCGCCUGGCCGAGGUCGGCGCGCUGGCGGCGCAGCUGCGGCCUGAUUCGGAGGUCGAGCAGCAGCUGCAAGCGCUGGAGGAGCAGUGGCGGCAGCUGGAGGAAGCUACAGAGCAGAAGGGUCGUGGCUUGGAGGAAGCUCAAGACAUAUUGGAGUUCAACCAGCACCUGGACAAGAUUGAAGCCUGGAUCAGAGACAAGGAGAUGAUGGUGCAAGCUCACGAAUUAGGCCGCGACUACGAGCACUGCAGCGCGUUACUCCGCAAACUUGACGACCUGGACAGCGAUAUGAAGGUCGACGACAAGCAUGUUAAAAGCAUCUGCGCACUCGCCGAUAAACUGCUGCAGCAGGGCCCGACGCAGCAAGCCACGAGCGUGGCAUCCCGGCGCGACGUGUUCCUAGCCAAGUGGCGAGCGCUGAGCGGCGCGCUGCAGCAGUACCGGGACAACCUCAACGCGGCGCUCGAGAUACACUCCUUCAACAGGGACGUAGAAGACACAGAGGAGCGUAUCGCCAAGAAGGCAGCGCUGUUCAGCAGCACUGAACGCGGGCGUGAGUUGUCGGCUGCAAGAGAGUUGCAGCGCCGCCAUAUUGCGAGAGCAGCCGAAACCAGAGCCGUGGGAGACAAGAUCAAGGCUUUGGAGGCUGAAGGAACGAAACUGGCUGCAGAACACCCGGACCGCGCGAAAGAGAUAGAAGACAGCCUGAAGAGCCUCCGCGAAGGGUGGGACAACCUGCAAAAGUUGGCGGACAAACGCACCGCUCUGUUGGAGGAGGCCAUCGCGGAACACAAGUUCGAUGAGACUUUGAAGGAGCUGGAGCUGUGGGUGUCGGAGAGCAUCAAGCGCAUGGACAGCGCCGCGCCGCCCGAGAGCGUGCCUGACGCGGAGGCCGCCUUAGAGCUGCACCACGAGAGGAAGGCCGAGAUCGACGGGCGUCAGAAGGCCAUCCUGUCCCUCCAGAAGGAGGUGGAACAUGUCCCGGAGAAGAAGCAGCGCGUGGAACAUCUGUCCCGCACGCUGGACGGCGCCUGGCUGCAGCGCAAGCAGUACAUAACGCAGGCGCACCAGCUGCAACUGCUGAAGGAGCAGGCGCGACAGACGGAAGACUGGCUCGCGGCUAAGGAAGCCUUUCUGAAUAACAUCGACCUCGGAGAGAACAUCGACGCCGUAGAGACCCUGAUCCGCAAGCACGCGGAGUUCGCCAAACUUCUGGACUCGCAGCUAGGCCGCGUGGACGAACUGGAAAAGUUCGCUCGAGGAAUGUUACAGGACGACCACUAUGAUAGGGAGUAUAUUGAGAAGAGGCUGGCUGAGAUACUGGCGAGGAGGGACAAACUUAAGGAGUCGUGCCUAGCCCGCGGCGUGAAGCUGGAACAAUCAAGGCAACUGCAUCAGUUCUCAAGGGAUCUGCAGCACGAGCGCGAGUGGAUCGCGCUGAAGAUGCAGCAGGCGGCUGAACAGAACUACAGAGACCUGUCAAACCUCCAAAGCAAGAUCCAGAAGCAAGCGGCCUUCGAAUCAGAACUGGCCGCCAACAAGGGCCGCAUCGAUGACGUCGCCAACCACGGCGAAGAACUUAUCGAAGCGAACCACUACGCCGCUCAAGAAAUCACUGAGCAGGUCGAAGAACUGGAGAACCAAUGGAGAGAACUGCAGGCGGCCGUGAAACUCCGCCGUGAGCGGCUCCAACAAGCCUACCAGGCUCGCGUGUACCUGCGAGGCCUGGACGACUUCACGGCCUGGCUCGACGACGUCGAAGCGCAACUACUCAGCGAGGAUCACGGCAAGGACUUAGCCUCAGUGACAGCUCUCCUCAAGCGCCACACGCGCUUAGAACAGCAAGUGGGCAGCAAGAGCGAGACAGCUGCGCAGCUCGCCGACACGGCCCGACAGCUGGCCGACAGCGGACACUUCAUGGCCGACGAGAUACUGGACAAAGCCGACAGCGCUGUGAAGAGUAACAAACUUCUAUGGUGCAAGAGCGAGACAGCAGCUCAGCUCGCCGACACGGCCCGACAGCUGGCCGACAGCGGACACUUCAUGGCCGACGAGAUACUGGACAAAGCCGACAGCGCUGUUAAGAGAUACCGGCAACUACAAGAGCCCAUGCAGAUCCGGCGCGACAACUUGGAAGACGCUGCGUUACUGCACCGCUGGGAAAGGGACGCCGACGAAGAACUCAAGUGGCUGAAGGAGCGCGAGGCGGCGGUGCUAUCGGAGGAAUACGGCAACGCCUUAGCCGAGUCGCAGGCGCUUCUGAAGAAACACCUCGCGCUCGAGGCAGAAAUCAUCGCCAGAGAAUCAACAGUGAAAGGCGUGUGCAACCGCGCGGCGCAACUAUGCAGGCGAGGUCACUUCGCGUCUCAAGCGCUUGACAACUCCUCUAAAGCGCUGCUGGCCGCGCUGCAGACGCUACUCCACGCUGCUGCUACCAGGACGCAAAGGAUUAACGAAAGAUGCGAGCUGUUACAACUGACGUCAGAAAUAUCAGAAGCGGCAGCAUGGCUGGCUGAACGGCGAGGAGCUUUGGUCUCCCCAGACGUGGGUCGCGACGAGGAAUCAGUUCUGGCGCUGGCCAGACGAUUGGACGCACUGCAAAGGGAACUACAGGCGUUUGACAGCAACGUGUCCAAGCUGGAACGCGGCGCCGCUGCCUUAGCGACCCGCGAGCCAUCGGACCGCGCAUUAGUCGAGGAGCGCCUGUCCGAACUGAAGGCCAGCUAUGAAGAAAUGAAGCUGCUGUCAGCCAAGCGGCAGCAGCGCUUGCAGCAGAGCUUGAAGUACUUCAAGUUCGUCCAAGAGUGCGAGGAAGUCCAGGAAUGGAUCAGCGAGCAAAUGUCAGCAGCCGCGAGCGAAGAAUACGGGCUGGACGUAGAACACGUUGAGACCCUGCAGCAGGCCUUCGACAAUUUCCUGGCACAACUGCACGCCAACGAAGGCCGCAUAGAGGCGGUGUGUGAGAGCGGCAACGCGCUCUUGGAAGAGAACGCGCCGGAAGCAGACAAGGUCAAGCAACGUGUGGAGGACACCAGAGGACUAUGGGAGGACUUAAAGGAAUUAGCACUUGCUAGGCAGGAGGCCCUAGCAGGUGCUCGCCAAGUCCACGAGUUCGACCGCUCCGCAGACGAGACGGCAGCCUGGGUGGCGGAGAAGGAAGCACUCUUGCCGGACGCAGGCGCGCGGUCACGGACCGAGUUGCACGCACAGAAACGACGCCUUACUGCAUUGCAUGCGGAUUUGGACGCUAUAAGGGCUAGACACUCUGGAUUAAAGGAAGAGGCUGCUAGGCUGGGCACAGCAUUCCCCGACGCCAAGGAGCACGUGACAGCCAAGCUAGAAGACGUUUCGGAAGCGCUGGAGGCACUCGCGGCGAGAGCAGACCACGCGGGGACACAGGUCGAGCUGGCGGAACAACUGCAGGCCUACUUCGGGACCUACCAGGAACUGCUGGCGUGGACCAACGAGAUGAUCGCGCGCGUGACGGCCGCGGAACUGGCCCGCGACGUGGCCGGAGCGGAGAGACUGCUGGCGAGACACAAAGACAUGCGAGCAGAGAUCGACGCUAAGGAUGAUGACUUCCAGAGACACUAUCACGACGGUAAGUCUUAUGGGAUCGCGCGCGUGACGGCCGCGGAACUGGCCCGCGACGUGGCCGGAGCGGAGAGACUGCUGGCGAGGCACAAGGACAUGCGAGCGGAGAUCGACGCGAAGGAGGAUGACUUCCAGAGGCACUACCACGACGGCGAAAAACUAAUCCACGACGGCCACUUCAUGUCGGCGGAGAUCGAGGAACGAAUGAGCGUCCUACGCAGCCGCCGCGCGCAGUUAGAAGCCGCCUGGGAGAGACGCAGCACCGUCUACGCACAGCAUCUGGAUGCAUUGCUGUUCAGACGGGAUGCUGAUGCUCUGAGUGGCUGGAUAGAGAGCAGGGUGCCACUAGUCCGCGACGGCAAGUACGGCGAGAGCGUGGCGCAGGUGGAGGAGCUUAUCAGCCGCCACCGCGACUUAGAAGAAACCAUCGAGUCGCAAAGAGACAAGUUUAACGCGCUCAAACGCAUCACGCUGGUGGAGCAAGCCUUCGCAGCGAUGCGCGACGAGGAAGAAGCGGCCAGACGACGCUCGGCAGAAAGGCAGGAGGCUGAAAGGAUGCAGCAAUACAGACGCCGCGAGCUGCAGAGGAUCGCUGAGGAGAGAAGACAGGAGGCCACGCCGCCUGCACAGCCACCUAGAGAGGCGGAGCGCGUACUGGGUCAGUCGACAGAGACCUUGGAAGAAGCGUCGCCCGCGACGUUAGAACGCCUGCCCAAGCACGACGCAGCCGUCAAGCGAGCCGAGAGCAUGAGUGUGGUGAAGACGCCCAAGCGAACGCCGUCGUUCACAACGCGGCGUCGCACACAAAGCUUCCGCCGCCACCGCCGGCCUGAGGAGCUGCCGCCGGUUGAGAUCGAAGGUUUCCUGGAGCGCAAGCAAGAGGCCGGUUGCGGCGGCAAGCGAGCCACCGUCCGAUCCUGGCGUGGUUACUACUCGGUGCUGUGUGGACAGCUGCUCUGCUUCUUCAGGGAUGAGCUGGACUUCGCGAGUUCUAAGGCCGCCGCCCCUCCCGUGGCUAUACUUAACGCCACUUGCUCACCGGCCGGCGAUUACACAAAACGCGCGCACGUAUUCCGUCUGGCCUGCGCGGACGGCGCCGAGUAUCUCUUCGCCGCCGCCACCCGCGACUUGAUGAGAGACUGGGUGGCCAAGCUCGCCUUCCAUGCUCAACUACCGCCGGAGUUACAGCUGACUCCGUACUCGCCUAAUACAAUCCUCAGGAUGAAAAUAACGAACGCCGGCUCCUCGUCAUCAUCAGCGGCGUCGUCUCCCGAACCGGCCAGACAAUCUCGCUCGCAAGCAGAGAUCCUUCAGCAACACCGCUCGCAACAACGCGCCUCCGCCACGCCAGAACGGACCGAGAGGAAUAUCGAAUCGACGGUGCUGCCAUCAUUGCCGCCUCGGCAGCCCCCGCAAGAUGACGGAGCCGAUAUAGUUUUGAGAAAUUCUGAACAAACCAGCUCUUGGGGCAGAUCGCGGUUUUCAAACGGGCGCGACAUCAACGCAGAGUUCAUAAAAUCACAGAAAGAAGCAAAUCUCAAAAUAGAAGGCGCUCCACCGCUACCUCUAUCUGGCCCACCCGACCGCUCGAACGUUCCCGAGCGCGCGCCGAAUCUGCCCGAACGCGCGCCGAACUUACCCGAGCGCGGACCGACAGUACCCGAGCGAGGUCCGAUGCUACCCGAGCGAGGGCCGAUGUUACCCGAGCGAGGACCGAUGCUAACCGAGCGUGGGCCGAUGAUACCCGAGCGAGGGCCGAUGACAGCCGAAAGGACUCACGACAGAAACCCAGAAAAGCAAUCCGUGCACGCUCUAGUGAAUAGCUAUCAGCAAAGAAUGACGGGCAGCUAUCAAGGCCCCCCUCGGGAUGCGAACCGCAACUCAUCGUGGUCGCUGGAGCGGCAGAACAACAACUGGCAGAGCGUGGAGACGACUUCGCACUUCUACACGGCCAGCGAGCUCGGAUCAAGCCAUCUCUUGUAUGUGCUCCACCGGGUCAAAUGUACGCUUUAUAUGUAUAUUUUUAUGUAUUUUGUGUAUUAUGCGCUUCGUUCUGUGUUUGGUACUUGUCUGUGUUGUGUUCUUUUUGUUUUUAUUCGCUUACCUAUUUAUAUUUAUUCUUCAUACGGUGGGAACAGCAGCACUCGCCCGGCUUCCGUCGCCGGCAGCGGAGGAUCGCCCGCGCUUGACCAGAGACCCGCUUCUAGGUCUUCCGGUGAAUCCGAACUGUCAGUGAGCGGCGUCACAAAAGAAAAGAAAGACAAGAAGGGCGUCUUCGGAGGCCUGUUCAGCAGGAAGAAGCGGCCUCAGAGCCACAUGUAGGCUCCACCCGUAGACUAGUCAAGAGCAGUUACAACAAUACGAAAAGGUGAAUAGGUAUGUUUCAUCAAACUUGAAUUAAUAAAAAAAAUAUUCUCUAUUUUCAACUAAAGCCUGGUCCGUGAGCACGUAGAAUUUUGUCCAAUGACCCCAAGCUACCCAUCCUUAUCGCUCGCGCGUAAUUAUAUUGCUAUCGCGACUGUGUAGCGUGCUCACAGACCAGACUAUAGUUACACUACUUAAUAGCAAUAAAUAUAUUGAAUUUGAAAAAAAGUGUGUCACAUUUAAUUAAAAAAAAUGUAACAGUUCAAAAAAUUGUAAAACAAUUCAAAAAAUUGUAAAACAGUUCAAAACGUUUGUUCGUUACAUAACUGUCAAUUGUGUAAUCGAGCCUUAAUAAUAAUUUAAUACUGUUGUAGCUGCUUCUGACUAAAGAAUAUUAACGUAGCGUGUAUAUACUAUUGUAUUGGUAUAUAAUAUACAGUAAUUCAUUUAUAUACGGCCGUAUACAGGUCGAUAAGUUGUUGAAAUUCGUGCCUUUGCUUAUAUGUAUACAAAUAUACAUUCGUGGGAUGUAGAUAUCAUAUGAAAAUAAAAAUUGUUUGUCUAUACUGUACUGUGUUAGAAAAAUAAUAAUUUUGACUGAAAUCAAAUUUAAAGACUAGAAAAACAUUCCUUCAACGUUUUUUUCUGCAUUCCACGGCUUUUUUGUUUACUGUAUCUUUUUUGGUGUAUGUAUACGUACACUGUAUUGUGUAUAUAUUUGUUUAUUAUCAAAAACAUAAUAAUUAUAACUUGUCAGAUAGUUUACAGUACAAUUUUGACAACCUUACUUAGAUUUUCGAUAGAAAUGGCCGAAAAAUUACCAUUUUCAUUGAAAUUAACUGUCACAAAUGUGAGAACUUGGAAAUUGGGACCAAUAAUUUAAUUGCAAACAAUAAACAAUUGUUUGUUAUAGAAUAAUUUUUUGUUUGACCGUUAAAUUGUUUGUAAAACAAAUGGUGCUGUUUUACGUGUUUUUAAUCUUUUUAAUUUUUAAAUUAAAUUAAAAUUUCUGAACAUUAAAACAAGAAUUUAUUCUAUAACAAUGUUUUAAAUUAAUGUUAUGGUAGUAACAGAUAUUGUUUUUUGUUUUAAAUCAUGUUUUAAAUAUUUAUAUGGCUGUUAACGUCAUUUUUAAAAGUAUUAAAGCAAUAAAUACAUCGGCGAGACAAUAAUAAUGUGUUAUAUCUAGUUUUAAAUGUAAGUAAUUAAGUAUAAUUAUUUCAUAUUUAACCUUUUUCUUUAAAAGCUCUGUAUAGUCGCCAGUAGUUCAACCUACAACAGAACAAAAAAAAGAGAAAAUAUCUUUUAAAAUGAGAUAACAAAUGAAAUCCAAGUAAAUGCUGAGCGAAUUUUCGACAUUAUUUGUUGAACAUAAGAUUGAAAAUCAAGUAACGUAAUUUUGUUGUUGGUUGACGUACUGGCGACCAUUCGACAACCAAAUAUAUUGUCUUUGGUCAGUCGAAUCUUAAUCAGCAGACUUUGUAUUGAGCAUAAUUUAAGUUAACUUCGCUUUAAGAAUAAAAUCAAUCGGCCAUUUGUCCUUUAAUAUUUUAUUAAUUUCUAAGUCGCUUGUCGCACCGCCGGGAGUUUGUUGAAAGUUUUUUUGCAACUGAGGGUAGUUUUAACACUGCUAAUUCAAGACCUAUCAAGUUCAGAAUGCUUUGAUCUGAUCAACAACCGCUCAAAAACUUUGGGCUUAUAAACAGCGCCAUCUAGUCCCAAACUAAGCAAAGCUUAAAAUUUAUAACAUUUGUCUGAAAACUUAUUUAAAUGGAUGCAUGGCGGAAAAAAGUGCUCAUAAGCAAAAUAGCGACCCAUACACAGUUUUCGACGAUUUUUGCUAACUUCAAUAGUGACGUGUUUCAUUCAUUUUUUUAUAAGUGACAGCG